ACCCGCCAUUACGGUCACAUGUCACCAUAACUCAUUGUGUUGUGGAAAAGGUUAUGACUGACUCCGACUUUAGCUGAUUUUGGGAGAAAUUUCAGCCAAAUAAUCGUUGUGAGGUGACCAGAGCUGAGGAUAGGGGAAGCCGCCAUGGCUCAGUUCAACACUGGUGCUAAAAACCCUCCGUGGGCCUCACAAGCCAAUCAGGACCAGCAGCUGCAGUCGUUGCUGAGAGCUCAGCAGGCUGCGAUUGGCUACCAGCAGGGGGUGGGCUUGGCGCGGGCGCAGAACGGAUAGCAACGACGGCCCAGCAGCCUCAGCAGUCUCUGCUGGGGGCCCAGCCCGUGUACGGGCAGACGCUGGUGGGCGGGGUCACGCUCGGCACCGCCCUGGGGUCAACCACGGUCACCCAGGCCGCGUACAACCAGCUGCAGGCUCAACCUGCCCUCUUGCAGCAGCAACAGGCACUGCAGCAACUCCAGCCCCAGACUGUCCAGCAGCAAGCCGUCCUGCAACAGCCCGGCCUGGCCAUCCCACCACGCUGUCUGCAGUACAGCAGCCUGUGCCAGGGGGCGCCCCACAGAUGGGUCAGGGGUCGCAGCUGACGGUGAGUUACCCGACGCCCCGCGCAGCACAGCAGCAGCAGCAGCAGCCCAAGCAGCGUGUCUUCACCGGCUCUGUCACAAAACUGCAUGACAACUUCGGCUUCGUGGACGAGGACGUCUUCUUCCAGCUCAGUGUGUGUAAGGGCAAGACCCCCCAGGUGGGAGACCGGGUGCUUGUUGAGGCCACCUACAACGCCAACAUGCCCUUCAAGUGGAACGCCACCCGGAUACAGGUGCUGCCCAACCAGGUUGUUUCCCUGCAGACGCAGCCCCUUCUGAAGAACCCCCCUGUGAGCGCUGGCCACUCCCCCCUGGUGACCCCCCCUGCGCCGCAGCUGUACCAGGCAGGGGGUCCCGGCAUCACCCCCUCCUCCAUACCCCCCCUGAUGUCGCAGCACACCCAGCCCCCUGCAAACCACCACCACCAGAAGUGGUCCCGGGGACCGCAGCAGGGACAGGAUCAGAAACCCGGCCUGCUGGCUCCGCCCACCCGAGGUCCAAUCGCGCCGGCGCGCCGCCCCGAACCCCCUCCCCGCAUCAGUCGUCGUGACGACAGGGACCGCCGCGACAGGUCACGGGACCGCUCAAGGUCACGCGAGCGCUCGGAGCGACGCCCCAGGUCACGGUCGCCACGGAAACGCUCCCGUUCCCCCCGACGACGGUCGCCGCGACGGGAGAGGAGGAGGAUCGUCCCGCGAUACAUGGUCACCUUCGCCAAGUUCUCACUGGAUCAGAAAGCGGCCAGCGUGGCGGAGCUGCGCCGUCGCUAUGCCAACAUGUACGUUCCCAGCGACUUCUUCCACGCCCGGUUCUGCUGGACCGGCGCCUUCCCGCUCCACCGGCCGUUCCAGAUCGGAAACCCCUCCUCCUUCCACAUCAUGCACAAAGAAGUCGACCCGCUGGAGAAAAACGACACGGUGUUAGAGCCUCCUGAUGCAGACCAUCUGUACAGCGCUAAGGUAAUGUUGAUGGCCUGCCCGUCAGCAGAAGAACUCUACCACCGCUCCUGUGCCCUGGCCGAAGACGCCAGCGACGUCCGCGAAACUUUCCAGCAUCCAACUCGACUCAUUCAGUUCCUCGUCGGCAUGAAGGGUAAGAACGAGGCAGUAGCUAUUGGAGGCCCCUGGUCCCCCUCACUAGACGGACCGAACCCGGACACGGACCCGUCUGUCCUCAUCAAGACGGCGAUCAGGACCACCAAAGCUCUGACCGGCAUCGACCUGAAAAACUGCACACAGUGGUACCGGUUCGCCGAGGUUCGCUACCACCGAGCGGCGGAGACCUACAAGGGGAAGACGAUUCCUGAGCGAGUGGAGACCUCGGUGCUGUUCCUGCCGGACGUGUGGCAUUGUUUACCCCCACGUCUAGAUUGGGCCAAUGUUUCAGCCGGGUACAAAGCCCAGCUGACACGCAAGGUGGCCGAGGAAAAGGCGGAGGAGGCCGGGGAAUCUCAGGAGGAGGAGGAAGGGGGCGACGAUGACGGCGGGAAGAAGGCGCCGACGCAUCACACGGAGCUCGACCCCAAGACCAUGAAGGUUAAUGAGUUGAGAGCAGAGUUAGAGGCCCGUGGGCUGAACUCGAAGGGUCUGAAGUCGCAGCUGAUCGCGCGUCUGACGAAGGCGCUGAAGAUGGAGGUGGAGAAGGAGGAGGAGGAGAAGGAGGCUAAAGACGAGGCUAAGGAAGAGGAAGAGGAGGAGAAGGAGGAGGAGGUGGAGGAAGACAAGGAGAAGAAAGAGGAAGAGGAGCGUAAGAAGCAGGAGGAGGAACGAGAGCGUAAGACCCGCGAGCGGCGCUACACGCUUCCCGAGAAUCCCGCCAUCAUCGUGCACCCCUCCCCCACCGCUAAAGGCGGGAAGUUUGACUGUGCCGUGAUGUCUCUCAGCGUGCUGCUGGACUACAGGGUGGAGGACAACAAGGAGCACUCCUUCGAGGUGUCCCUGUUUGCGGAGCUGCUGAAUGAGAUGCUGCAGCGAGACUUCGCCUUUAAGAUCUACCGAGCUCUGAUGGUGGCACCUGAGCCUAAGAAGGAAGACAAGAAGGACAAAAAGGACAAGAAGGACAAGGACAGCAAGAAGGAGGAGAAGAAAGAAGAGAAGAAAAAAGAAGACAAGGAAGAGAAGGAAGAAAAGAAGGAGGAUGGAGAGGACUCAGAGGAGCCCAAACCCAAGAGGAGGAAAACUGAUGAGGAAGAAAAAGAAGUGAAGAAGGAGAAGGAUGAUGAUAAGAAGGAUGGGGAGGAGGAUGAGGAGGAAGAGGAGGAGGAGGGAGACGACAGCUCAGAAGAUGAAGAAGAAGAUGAAGACAAGGAUGACAAGGAGGGAGAGGAGAAAGAUAAAGACAAGAAGGACAAGGAGGAGAAGCGCGGGAAGGAGAAGAGGAAGUCGUCUCGAGAGAAGGAUCGGCACAGCCGUGAGCGACAGAAGGAGUUCACGCUGGAUAAGGAGCUUCUGCUGGCCUUUGUGUACUUCGACCAGAGCCACUGCGGCUACCUGCUGGACCGAGACCUGGAGGAGAUCAUGCACACCAUUGGCCUGCAGUUAUCUAGGGCACAGAUCCGAAAGCUGGUGCAGAAAGUUGUAACCCGAGACUCUCUGUCGUACCGGAAGCUGACCGACCGACCCGCUGCCGACAAGGACAAACCCGCCGACAGCCUUCCCAGCAUGCCUGAGGACCAGGAGCUCGCCGUCGGUAACAACAGCUACCUGGACGUGAAGGUGAAGACGGAGGAUGUGAAGGUUAAGGAGUCCGUCGGGGAGACGUCUGCGGGGAUGGUGCUGUACAAGGGCGCGACUAUCGACAUCGCCAACCUGCUGUCCCGCCUCGAGCGCUCCGAACGGGACAGGGUCGCCGUGGAGGACAAGGUCAGGGACCAGCAGGCCGACCUGGAUGUUCUGCGGGCGAUGACGUCCUCCAGCGAGGAGACGACCAAGACGCUGGCCUCGGAGCUGAAGGACGUGAAGAAGAAGCUGGCCGACACCUCCAAGACGCUACAAGACGUAGAGAAGACAUGCGGAGCCUACAAGGACUGUCUGGACAAGACGCGGGCGCACCUGGAGGAAACCGUGGGGUCAAUCAAGGUCACGCUGCCCAAGCCAACCUUGGCAGAGGUCAAGGAGGAGGAGAUGGAGACACCCCCCACGGAGAACGGACAGAAGGAAUGAAGCAGGCGGCGGACGAAUGAAGCAGGGGACCAUGCUAGAAGUUACGGGUGUCACCUUACUGAAGUUGUUACGUCCACGUGUAAUCCGAUAGUUUUGUUCUGUAGACUGUUCUGCCAAUUACUGUUGUAAAGUUG